ACAGGUGUAGAAAUGGAUCCGCGAAAACCUAUGUACCGAUUGCCAGACUUUACACGAAGGCCGGUAUCAGAGAGACAGCCGACACCAUUUGCUCCAAUGCGGCCAAUAGUGAUGCGGCCAAUAUUGCCUGAAGGAGCCGAACACUAUUAUCAACCGCUUGACGGAGUGCGACCACAAACAUCUAGAUUGCCGUCAGUGGCCAAUUGGUCAGAAAUAUGGACAGAGGAGAACGAUAUGGGCACUGAUCGACACAAUCGGCCGCAAUUGAAUGCGAUAAACAAACCAAAAGCACUACCGGAUGCUCAGCUCGAGUAUCUGAAACAAGAGAGACCGGGUGAACUGUGGCGUAAUAUACAGUUUUUCAAAAAACUAGAAAUAGGAAGUUUCGGUGCAGUUUGGGAUGUGACAGCUGAACGACGAACCGGUAGCAGAUGGGAAGCGCCGACACUUUUACAGCAUAAAGUUGAUAGCGGUCCGAGACCGUGGAUGAACUGGAAAAAGAUGCGCCUGGCUUGUAAAGUGAUGAUCUGUCCACACAAUUGGGCUAACGAUUGGCAAGGUAAUGUGGAAACCAUGUUAGCCGACAUGCAUGCGCUCAGGUAUUUGAAACAUGAAAACAUUGUCCAAUUUUACGAUAUCAUUGGUAUACCCGACUCACAGACUGGCUUUCCUUAUGCUUUUGUAGUGAUGCUUAUGGAACUGUGUAAUGGCAAUUUAUUUGCUUUGAUAGCUAAUGAAAAACCAAAUAUAUGUUUAAAUCACACGCAAACCAUAGCCUGGCUAAGACAAAUUGCUUCAGCGCUUCAGUAUCUGCACGUCGACAAGCGUACUGUUCAUCUGGAUAUCAAACCUGAGAACAUACUGUACGUGAGUCGGGCCGGACUUCCCAUCGAACAAUGGAUCUACAAACUGACCGAUUUUGGUAUGGCCAUCAGCUACAACAAUAACAUAGGCGAUCCAAUGGUUUCGGCCGUCAGAGCCGGUACAGAUGAAUUCAAUCCGGACGAAUUGAAUGUCAAUUGGGAUCAACCAGUUUAUCAACCGGUUGAUACGUCUGCGUGCGAUAUAUAUGCGUUGGGCGGCACAGUAGCCAACAGUCUACUCGGAAUAAAUUUCACCAGAGGUAGUGAAAGUGCACCAAUGCUUAUCAAACGGAUGAUCUCAGGUCCACAUUUGUCCCGUGAAUUAUACAAUUUGGCGAUUAAUAUGCUUGCAAUCAAUCCACAAAACCGGCCGACCAUUGAACAAGUAUGCAACCGGUUGGCUCAAAUGUAAAUGGGUUAGGACUAAAAAAAGUCAAAAACCACAGCAGCCAGCUGUAGCACAAGUAUGGCAAUUGGACCGAUCAAUUGGGAUCAAGUGCUUACUGACCAGAG